UGAGAUGGAGAUGGACAACAAUGGACUAGAGUGCCGGGAGUCAGGGUGACAGUCACAGGUCUAAAGAUUAAAGCAACAGCACAGACAGUGAAAGAAAAUGACGAGGUGACCCUGACAUGUACAAUGACCUGCAGCCUCACCAACAGGGUCUUCACCUGGUACAGAAAUGGACAACGUUUAACAGAAACCUCACAGACACUUGUCAUUCAGCGAGUCUCCUACGAGGACCACGGCAGUUACUGGUGUCUGACUGGAGUCACGAAGUCCCCAGCAUAUCAACUGAAUGUCGUGUAUGCCCCCAAGAAUGUUGUCAUCUCAGGACCGCCCACCACUUGUAUUGAAGAAGGGACGUCUGUGACUUUACACUGCACUGCCACUGCAAACCCGCCUGGCACCUACAUCUGGGUGAAGGACAACAUCCGCAUACCAGGAUCAGGAGAACAUCUACAGAUCAACAGGGCUGGCGUGAGUGACGCAGGGUCUUAUCAAUGUGAAGUCACAAACAUCUACGGGAUGACAAAGUCUGCAGCUGUCACCCUGGUGGUAAACCGUCUAAAGAUUGAAGCAACAGCAGAGACAGUGAAAGAAAAUGACACGGUGACACUGAGGUGUACAACAACCUGCAGUCUGCCACACAGGGUCUUCAGCUGGUACAGAAAUGGACAUCCUGUGUAUGAAACCUCAGCGCAGCUUGUCAUUCAGCGAGUCUCCUUAGCACACAACAGCAGUUACUGGUGUCAAACUGGAGUCACGAAGUCCCCAGCAUUUCUACUGGAUGUCCAGUAUGCCCCCAAAAAUGCCAUCAUCACACGUGAGCCCACCACUUGUGCACAAGAAAGGAAAUCAGUGACUUUAAACUGUAAAGCCUCAGCAAACCCACCCAGCAACUACGUCUGGGUGAAGGAGAACAGCAGCCAUGUAGGAUCAGGAGAACAUCUACACAUCAGUGCGUUUAAUGUGAAUGACGCUGGCUCUUAUCACUGUGAGGCCACCAACAUCCACGGGACAGCAAAGUCUGCAGCAGUCAAGCUGACGGUAAACGACUUCACUUGUGGAGAAAACAAAUCAAUGACUUCAUACUGCAGAGUGCCAAGGAGAAUAUCGGAGAAGCAGGACCAGAGGAACGACUACAAAUGAACUGAAGAUUGUAUUUACACAUCUCUGGAUCGAUCAGCACAUUUGUUACAGUACGACACAAUUAUGCAAAGUAAAAAAACAAAAAAAGUGUUUUGAAUGACUUUCAUCUUAAAAAAAUGUUGUGACAACAGAAGACAAUUCUUUUUGCUUCAAGGAAACAAACUCUGCCAAGAAGUUAAAUCAAAGUCAGAUGGGAUCAACUGCAGCAACCCUGCUCAUCUCGUAUUCCCUGAUAAUUAAAGUCACCUUAAAAUGUGUUUCUCUGACACAAGAUGUCUUUCCUGGCUCUGGUCCUUCUGUCUUUCUUAUCUAUGCGCUGUUCGUAAUAUGACAACAGUUCUGAAGGACACGUCUUUGAAUUGAAUCCCCAAGAGCAGAGUCAACAUGUUGCUGAUGACACACCAAGUCUCCCUUUUAGGCUUUAGGAUCUUUAUAAAAUGCACAAAAAUAUUCAGAAGACUGGAAUAAGGUGGGCUUUGAACUGAUUUUCAUCUUAUUUCUUCAACACAGAGUCUGGAAUGUGACAAAAUAAAAAAUAUUAAGAAAAGCUAAUAUCACACUGUCAGACCUGCUUAAUGCAAAUUCAGGGCUACCAGGGUGGCAUUGGGUGCAGUACAUAAACCUGGACAAGGUGCCAGUCCAUCAAAGGGUCCACUAAUACACCCGGACAAAGAGCAAACACAGAGUGGCUGUCCAGUGUAAUCUGUGCUCUGACUUGUGUCUAACUGUAAUUUUUCUUAGGCAACCUGCCUCUCCAAGGCUCCAUGUAGAAGAUGUCA